CUUGAGUACGUCUCUCUCGCGAACUUUCUCUACGAAAAUCUAGGGUUUUACCUGAGAUUUCACAGGUAGGGUUCUACAGCCUCUCUCUCAACUGUAUGCUAGAAUUCCCAUCGGAGUCUUUUUUUCUUUGCUUGAAAUUACAAUUGUUUUUUAGACGUUGAUCUAAACAGUAAUUGCCGGAAACAUGCCUCGCCACGAUGACCGCCGCGGUGGUACGCGCCUUUACGUUGGUCACCUGUCUUCUAGAACAAGAUCCCGUGAUCUCGAGGACUGGUUCAGCAGAUACGGGAGGUUUCUUGGCUUUUGCCUAACCUGGAGGUCUAUGGUGAGAGGGUGACCUUGGUGGAUUUGGGCCAGUCUUUCUGUAGUGUUAUAGCGUGUUUUUAUCGAAAUGGAAACAAACUCAAAGUGGUGUCUUUGGUUCAUCUGUGAGGGGCGAAGUAUCAACCCUUCGAUAAUUGUGUGAUGAUGGCCUUACUGUUUCUGGCCCCCGUUUGCGCAGAGUACGAGAUGUGGAUAUGAAGCGCGACUAUGCAUUUGUUGAAUUCAGUGAUCCUCGAGAUGCUGAUGAUGCUAGAUAUGCCCUGAAUGGUCGUGAACUUGAUGGGAGCCGUCUCAUUGUGGAGUUUGCUAGAGGAAUUCCUCGUGGUCCUGGUGGAUCUCGUGAAUACCUUGGAAGAGGUCCUGCUCCUGGAACUGGACGUUGCUUCAACUGUGGAAUUGAUGGUCACUGGGCUCGAGAUUGUAAAGCUGGAGACUGGAAGAAUAAGUGUUAUCGUUGUGGAGAACGAGGUCAUAUAGAAAGAAAUUGUCAAAAUAGUCCAAAGAAGCUAAGUAAGCAUGGGCGUAGUUAUUCACGCUCACCAUCUCCUCGCCGUGGUAGAAGCAGAAGCCCUAGCUACAGCAGGGGGCGUAGUGACAGCCGAUCCAGAUCACCUGUUAACAGGGAUCGGAGUCUUGAUCGUGCUGAAAGAAGAUCAAGGAGCCCUCGAGAUGACAGCAGGAGUCCCAAGCAUCAGCGGGUAUCACCUUCCCCUUCCAAAGGGCGUAAGCGGAGUCUGACCCCAGAUGAGAGAAGUCCGAGAGAGAGAGGCAGCCCAUCUCCUAGGGAUCGCAGACAAGUGAAUGGCUCAGAUUACAGUGCAAGUCCCAGAGGCAAGAGCAGAAGCCCCAUCCAUGAUGCUGAUGGCCCUGAAGAUAGGGAUUAUAGGAGCCCUGCGAAGGAAAAUGGGAACAGCCGCAGCCCUAGUCCACUUCCAAGGGAUGAUGAUGAGUGAAUAAAUCAUAUGCUUCUUAUGAUGCAUUUGAAUCAACUUUUAAAGACAUACAACUGCCUGUUUUGUAGUUUUGUGUUGUGAGAACCUUUGUUUCUUUUUUUUUUUUAGAAUCUUCGGUGGAUGAUAGAAGUUCCUGAAUAUUUUUGUUGCUGUUGGAUGCUCAAAUUUCAUUCUAUGAAGGGUCAUAAACAGGAUAUGGUUGUUCUGGCGGUUGAGAAAUGUUUU